AAUCGGUUUGUCGAUAGCUGCUGUUGCUAUUAAUAAAUGAAGAAGACUAAAUACAUUUACUUGCUCGAAGAAAGCUUGUUUGGUUUAGCUUUUACUUUUGUUUUCAUAUCGCGCUAAACUGUCCAAAUACUAGCUCCCCUGCCAACAACAAACGGAAACAAACAAAUGUUGAAACUACGUAAUAUUUUGGCCAUCCCCAACAGCACCGGCCGCACCGUUAUCCGCACCAUUACUGUUACUACUGGCUGCAAUAAUUCCGAAUCAUGGCUCUCAAAACUGAAGAAAGGGAAAUUGGAGCAAACCAAGGAGCCGCACAGUCGCAUGUUGAGCGAUAAGGAAAUAAUAUAUGCACUACACACGCAUAAUGUACGUCCAGAUUCGAUGACUGAAUAUCUGAAUAACUACAAAACAUCUGUGGCUUUAAUAAACGACAAAAAGGCGAACCUCUCCUGCAAUUUGGUAGCAUCAUGGAACGUUCAAGUGGGUGAUAUGGACCAGUGUUUGCAUUUAUGGAAAUACACGGGUGGCUUUGAGAAAAUCGAUCAAGCCAAAGAGGAUCUUUGGAACGAUCCCGAAUAUUUGGGUCUUAUGAAGGAGCGUUCGAAGCUCUUACGCUCCAGACACUUGCAGUACCUGUUAGCAUUCAGCUAUUGGCCGCAAAUCGAAAGCCGUAGCGGUAAAAAUAUUUAUGAAAUGCGCUCCUACCGACUGACCCCCGGCACAAUGAUUGAAUGGGGUAAUAAUUGGGCGCGUGCCAUAAAUUUCCGUAAGCACAAUAAUGAAGCAUUUGCUGGCUUCUUCUCGCAGAUCGGACGUCUGUAUAAUGUGCAUCACAUUUGGUGUUACAAGUCCCUCCAGGAUCGUAAAGAAACCAGAGAAGCAGCAUGGCGCUCACCCGGCUGGGACGAGUGCGUCGCCUAUACAGUGCCUUUGAUUCGGGAAAUGCACUGCCGUGUCCUGGCGCCCACUGAAUUCUCUCCUACACAAUGAGAAUGGGGAAUGUUUUUUGUAACAAUAUAUACAUACAUACAUACAAGAAUCAUUGUAAAACGAUACGAACGUUGAAAGAGAAAAUACAUAUAAGUCUUUUUCACUGUUGAAUAGUUGUAGACGUAAAGUUACAGAUUUGUACCUAUGUAUAUCUGCAUUUGAAUACAGUUAGUAAAGUUAAUUAAUUAAU